AUGUCAGCGCUCGCGACGAGCCAGGCGCGGCUGCUGCAGGGGCAGUGGGACGCAGGGGGCAGCUGUCAACGCGGCGGCGCGGUCCUCUCUCGCCCCUUCGCCUCGACCUCGUCCUCCUUCACCGCCACAAGCUCGCCGCCCGAUCGACCACCACCUCCCCCUACGCCCAAGUCGACACCGACACCUGCGCAAGUCGACCAACAUGCCCUCGCCAAGCCCGAGCCGCACCCGCUCGCCAAGAGCGAGCCGCACCCGCUCGUGACGGCCGCCUCGCCGUACCCGGCCUACCUGUCGUCCCUGUCGCGCUCGAUCCGCCGAGCGGCGGCCAGCCUCCCAUCAGCAGCAGGUCGGCCACCGCCCAAGGACCAGCUCCUGAGCCUCACCAACUCGUUCUUUGAGCGGCUCAAGAUCCGGUUCAAGUGGGCGACGAUCCGCUCGUACCGCCGGUUCCGCGCCGACGACUACUCGGCCUUCUUCUCGUUCGGCAUCCUCGGCACGCUCGGGUGGUUCCUCCUCAAGACGACGUCGGCGUUCGCCGUCCUCUUCUUCGUCGUCAACUCGCUCUCGCUCCAAGAGUGGCUGGCCGGCAAGCUCGGCGCCUACCUCACCGACUCGACGGGCGUCAAGGUCGUCUUCGAGUCGGCCAUCGUCCCCAAGUGGGGCAUCUUUGGCCAGGGCGGCAGCCGCAUCGUGUUCAAGAACGUCUACAUCUCGCGCGGGCCCGUCAAGGGCGAGCUCGGCGUCCUGCCCGUCCCCGAGCACGAGCGCACCGACGAGUCCGAGGACGAGGCGCGCCUGCGCGAGAUGGUCGCCCAGUGGACCCACUUUCACCUCUCGAUCGACACGGUCGAGGUCAGCCUCAGCCUCGGGCGCUGGCUCGACGGCAAGGGCUUGAUCAAGGACGCGGCCGUGCGAGGCGUGCGUGGUGUCAUCGAGCGCUCGCACAUCACGUACGACCCGAACGCGCCCAAGGACCGGUUCGCGUACCGCAACAAGCCCAAGCCGGGCGACUUCUGGCUCGAGGGCCUCCAGAUCGAGGACUUCCUCGUCACGAUCUACCAGCCCGAGAACUUCCGCCCUUACACCUUUUCGAUCUUCCACGCCGACAUUCCUCGGUUCCGCAAGCAGUGGCUGUUCUACGAUCUCAUGUCGGCCGACUCGAUGACGGGCCAGUGCGACAACUGCCUGUUCAGCCUGCACCGCCCUCAGUCGAUCGGCCGCACGAGCGAGGAGGAGAUGAAGGAUGCGAGGUGGGCCCGCAUGUCUCGGUUCCGCGUCGACGGCGUCCCGAUCGACCACAUGCAGUCGGCGUCCGACACGAGCGUCCUCUCGUGGAUCACGUCGGGCCGGUGUGACCUCGUCGCCGACAUCCGCUUCCCGCGCGAGGACACCGAGCUCGACCUGUCGGCCCUCGUCGACCACCUCGUCGACGAGAUUGGCGGCGCGCUCGGCGCCGACUCGUCGUCGUCGUCGUCCUCUGCGUCGACGGCGGCGACGAACCGCAUCCCGGGACGACGCACCCUGUCGCGCGACGCGCUCACGGCGCCGCCGACGACCGAGCAGGACGUCGAGCAGGCCAAGGCCGAGCGCCAAAAAGCGCUCCGGUUCGCCAAGGAGUCGGAGAAGGCGGCCGCGGGCGACUCGGUCGACGACGAGGACGACGACGCGCCGCUCGAGGUCGGCGAGACGGACGAGGACAAGAUCGUGUCGAUCGACCUCGACGUGCGGUUCAAGGACCUCAAGGCGUCAGUGCCCUACUUCCCGUCGCACCUGAGUUACAUCAACAGCGCCCUGAUCCGGCCCAUCGUCGCCUUCAUCAACCGCAACCGCACCCUCAUCCCGAUCCACUGCCACAUCGACCUCGGCCUGAGCGAGUUCAACGGCUCGUGGACGACGUACGACGUCGGCAUCCUCGACCGCAUGUCGGAGCAGGUCUAUGCCGCCCUCGCGCACCACGUCGCCCAGUCGAACGAGCAGCGCCUGCAGACGGUCGGCCUGUGGACGCUCCAGAUGACGGCCAACAGCCUUCUCAGCACCCUCAAGGCCAACUUUACGCUCGCGCCGUACUAGAUCCCCUUUGCUAUGCACUCUCAUCACUCUCGCGCUG